AUGGGUAUGUUCAGGCCGGGUCGGGUCCGGUCCCUAUUACUCGCUUUCCUUGCGACAGUCCUCGUGUGCACCGUCUAUCUCUACUGGACUCCAACCACCGCAUCCUCCACCGUCUCCGUCGUUCCAAGUACCGCCUUCGAAGUCCCGCUCGUCGAACGCCAGAAGGAUUUCUGGAAAGCCUUCCAGCCCAUUCUCGAACGUCAUAAUCCCAACUGCCCAUCCCCCGAGAAGGAUGGCGACGCCGGCGCAAUCCAUUUCGAUCCGGUCAAGGACAGUCCGCGGCCGGAUCUGACGGUGAUGAGCGAAGCGGAUCAGAAGGCUAUGGAGGAUGCGCAUACCAACUUUGUAGAGGAUAUUAAGAAGGCCGGGAAGGAUUUGAAACCCGCUCAUACCUCCGGGAAGCGAGGUUUGGUCUCGACGGCCGGUGCGACGUAUCUCCCGGUGUUUGUCUCGACUCUGCGUAUGCUACGCCGGGCUGGGUCUACUCUUCCAGUGGAGGUGUAUAUGAAGGAUACGAGCGAGUAUGAGAAACACGUGUGUAAUGAUAUUCUACCCAGCCUCGAUGCACGGUGCAUGGUACUCGCCGACGUGGUGGGAAAGAAUGUCAUUGAGCAUUAUCAGCUUAAGAUCUUUGCGGUCCUCUUCUCCUCGUUUGAGGAGAUUGUGUGGAUGGACGCAGACUGCUUCCCGCUGGGUAAACCCGAGGAACUCCUCGAUUCGGAGCCUUUCACCUCGACAGGUUUGGUUAUCUGGCCCGACUUUUGGGCUUCUUCGGCAUCUCCCUUGUAUUACAAGAUUUCACGGCAAAACGCACCGCCCAUGUCUGCUCGCCAGUCUUCGGAGACCGGUGUUUUCCUGGUCUCGAAGAAGACGCAUCUCCUACCUCUGCUACUGGCUGCCUACUAUAAUUUCUAUGGACCAUCCCAUUACUUCCGACUGUUAAGUCAAGGCGGGCCAGGGGAAGGCGACAAGGAAACUUUCCUUCAAGCUGCUACAGCUCUAGGUGCACCCUUCUACGCCGUGAGCGAGAGAGUGCAAGCUGUCGGCCAUCAAAACGGAGAGAAGCUAGCAGGUUCAGCCAUGGCCCAGACCGAUCCUCGCGAAGACCACGCUCUCACCACGCAAGAUAAGUGGCGAGUCAAGGACCCGUCCGUGGCAUCGCCCCCGCAUAUCUUCUUCAUCCAUGCCAAUUAUCCCAAAUUCAACCCUGGAGACAACGUCUUCGGUAUGGGCUGGGAGACCACUCCGACCAUCAAGGAGGAUGGUUCAGAUAGUCGUGCGUGGACUGCCCCGCCCGAGGCUCUUCGUCGAUUUGGAUAUGACGCGGAAAAGGCCUACUGGGAGGAGAUCAAAUGGGUGACCUGCCACCUGGAAAAUGUUUUCAAGUCAUGGGAGCACAAGGCUGGCCUUUGUGUGAAGGUUGAGGAUUAUUGGAAAAAUAUCUUUGCCGAACCGCACGAGGACGAUCCUAAAUUUACCGAAGACGGUUGA